AUGGAGUCUACUCAUGAGCCUGCUGACCCCGUGGCCAAAGGAAUUUGGCCAACAGCGAAGCAAUCCUUCAAAGAUCUCUUCAUAUGGAAGCAGCGUGUAGUAGUACGCAAUGAGUAUGGCGAGGAAGCUGCAGAAUGGCAGAAGCCAGUACCGCUCAAGAACCCAAUCAGUUUGAUGUCUCAGCUUUCUGCCAAAGGCUGGCUCUUCUUCUUCGUUGGUUUUGCAGCUUGGAGUGCUGAUGCCUUCGACUUUCACGCUCUUUCCAUCCAGCAGGCUAAACUUGCCAAAUACUAUGGAACCACCAAGACUAACGUGUCCACCGCGAUUACUCUGACACUUCUUUUACGUUCUAUCGGUGCAGCAUUCUUCGGCCUCGCUGGUGACAAGUGGGGACGAAAAUGGCCCAUGGUCUUCAAUAUGAUCAUCUUGGGCAUUCUGCAGAUCGCCACCAUCUACAGUUCGACAUUUUCCCAGUUCCUAGCUGUCAGGUCCUUAUUCGGGCUCUUCAUGGGCGGAGUGUACGGCAAUGCUAUUGCAAUGGCUUUGGAGAAUAGUCCUGUCGAUGCGCGUGGAUUGAUGUCCGGCGUUCUUCAGCAAGGCUACUCAUUCGGCUACGUGUGUGCUGCAUGUGCCGUUCUUGGAGUGGGCGAUACUUCAGAUAGCUGGAAGACCGUCUUUUGGAUCGCUGCUGGCCUUUCCAUUGGCGUGGGAAUCCUAAGAUGCUUCUUCCCAGAUUCCCAACAGUUCAUAGAGGCUCGUAAGGCUGGAAAGAACAAAGCUCAUCCUUCUCAAUUUUGGAAAGAGACGAAGAUAAUGUUGGGCCAAGAGUGGAAGAUGUGCAUUUACUGCAUCAUUUUGAUGACAUGGUUCAAUUAUUACAGUCACACCUCUCAGGACAACUACACAACCUUUAUGCUUACAGAAAAAGAGCUUGGCAAUUCAGCCGCGACCCGUGCGAGUAUCCUCAUGAAGACUGGUGCUUGUGUAGGCGGUACCAUCAUCGGUUACAUCUCUCAAUGGCUGGGUCGCAGACGAGCCAUUGUCGGUGCUGCGAUCAUCAGUGCAUGUCUUAUUCCAGCCUGGAUUCUUCCCCACGGAGAGCGUUCACUGUCUGUUACGGGAUUCUGGAUCCAGUUCUUUGUUCAGGGAGCUUGGGGCGUCAUUCCCAUCCAUCUCAACGAACUGUCACCCCCUGCGUUCCGAUCGUCGUUCCCUGGUAUCACCUACCAGAUCGGCAACAUGAUCUCUUCUCCUUCGGCACAGAUAGUAAACGCUAUUGCUGAAAGCAAUUUUGUUACAAGCUACAGCGGUAAGCAAGUCGAGGCAUACGGCCCUACAAUGGGGAUAGCCACCGCGAUAAUUGCUAUCGGUAUUGCAGUCACAACUGCGUUCGGUCCUGAGAAGAGAGGUCGACACUUCGAGACGGCUCGUCCAGCUGGCAUGAACUUGGAAUGUGAGGUGGAUGAGCAAAGCAAGGAUAUCGAGGCUGGCUACGGCGCGACCGAGCAGGUAGAGGUUCCAGAGAAAGAAGCUCAAAAAGUCGCUUCCUAG